AUGCGACAAGUGUUAACUGUACGAAAGGCCUGCUUGAUUCCCCUUUGUUGCCACACAAUUUUCCUGCGGUAUACUUCGUUUCAGGCUAGCGACCAAGUCCCAUGUGCUGUGGCCUCUUCUACUAGGCACUAUUUCACCUCAGGCACGAUCUUUACUAAGCGUUCGUAUUACACAACGACACAUUUUUUUUUGAAAGACGUUUAUAAAAACGACCGAGGUGAGGCAAGGCGAUUAACCUUUGAAGAACGAGCCGAAAGAAGGAUGAAAAAAACACGGGAUCAGAAACAAAUCAAAGAGCAACUCAUACAUGAAGCCGAGGCGAUAGUGAACAAUGACUUCCCAGGAGAAUUAGAGCUUAUCUACGCCAAGAUAUUGGAACGGGCAAACAUCAGUGCAAUGAAGGUGUUGAACAUAGUAAAGUGCUUAGAACUGCUGGAAAUAGAAGUACCGGGGGGACACUCCGUUUUGCUCACAAAAGUCGCGCAGGUUGUAAAGGUAAAGACCAAUAUUGUCGAAAUUAUUCCACAUAACAGCAAUAUUGGGAACACGAUCCUGCAAUAUGUCUCGCGCUUUGAUUCAAACGUGCAAGUUUCGAAAGAAGGGUCUAAGGUGAAGAUUGUAGUGCCAUCGAUUACCACCGCCCGCAGAGACAAAACAGCGGACGAGAUCAGGACUCUAAUCAACAUUCUUCGGCAGCGAAUCAAACAUGCUCGCACCCACGCUGGUAAAGUUCUCCAGGAUUGCGGUCUCGACGAUGGAGCCCUGUUAGAAUUACAAACCUUGCUUGAUGAUACAAUGAAUACCUUUGUUGAAGAAAAGGCGUUAGAACUUGAACAACUUGCAGAGGAAGUGAUGUCGAUGGGAAUUGAUGAGUCCGAUUUUGAUUUAGGAAAUACAUAA